CACAAGUAAGGCAAACAAUUUGAAACAAUUCGAUACGCAACACACAUUGUUGUUUGUCUGCCCACCAGCCAGUCUUCAUAUGUAAUUUUGGCAAACAAAAUUCCUGUGACGACAAACGACUUGGACGACGACGAAGACGUCUAUUAUUCUCUAAACCCCUUCUAAAAAAACAAUGCCGGAAACGAAGACGAAGACGCUCUGCAGCCCCAGCAAUGGCCUCGACCAAGGGGACGAGGACGACGUCAUUGCAGCUGCCAAUCGCCUGGUCACUCGCACCCGCAGUCCCACCCAAAGCCACCCACAAGCACACCCACGCCCACGCCACCCACAUCGCCAGCGUCCGCCGCAAGGUCGUCGGGAUGCCGCCGGCUUUACGGCCAACCAGGAGGUGCGGCUGAAGGCCGGCGACAUGCGCAUGGCCCGGAUGCAGAUCAGUCUCUCCCAGCUGCGCACCGAAAUGGAGGAGUCGAGCAAGCAGCUCAGGGAUCUCUGCAAGGCGAUGCGGGUCGAUGUUGAUGCUGAGUAAUAUUUCUGGGAUAUAUCCUUAAAAAGGCUAGGAAGGAUUCAUGAAAUUUGGAAUAAUGCAGCUAAGAUGAAGGGUCGAUGUGGAUGCUGAGUAAUAUUUCUGGGACUAUCCUCAAACAUGCUAGGAAGGAUACUUGAAAUUUCGAAAAAUGCAGCUAGGAUGGAUGGUCGAUGUGGAUGCUAAGUAAUAUUAUUGGGACUAUCCUUAAAUGUGCUACGAAGGAUACAUGAAAUUAAUAAUAGUGCACCUAGGAUGGAGUCAAAUUUAAAUGUUUUUCUUAAAAUUUUCGUGUAUAAUAAAGUUUUGUAAAGAUA